AUGGAUGUCGACACCGCGGCGGUCCAAGAUUUCGCGAAUUUUAACUUGGACUUCACAAAUUUGAAAGAGGAAUGUGUUGAAAAUCCCGAGGAGCCGCGAUUCGGUUUAGAAGUAGAAGAAAGUGAAAUCCAGGCUUUAAUAGAAAGUCAAGAAAACAAGAACACGAAAAAGAACACGCAGUGGGCUCUCAAUAUAUUUGAAAGCUGGCUCCGUGAAAGAAAUGCGCAGGGCCAAGGGCAGGAACUGAUUAUUCCAGAAAUCCAAACUAUGGACGCGGUGCAGCUGAACUUUUAUUUAGGACGCUUUAUAAUGAGAGUACGUAGAAAAGACGGUAAAGAAUAUCCAGCGAAAACAUUGUUCUACAUUAGUUGUGGCAUUUUGAGAUAUUUACGCGAUCAUGGAACACACGACAAAAUUUUACUUGAUGCGGGGGAUCCAAGAUUUGCAGAUUUCCGUAAAAUAUUGCACAGUAAAAUAAAGGACGCUUUAAGCAGAGGAGUAGGUGGGAAACGAAAACAGGCAGAUCCCAUACUUUCUGAAGAUGAGACUACAAUCUGGGAGAGAGGCGUUUUCGGGAUGAACAAUGCAGAAACUUUUCAGAAUACUGUGUUCUUCUAUUGUUGCAAGUUCUUUGGACCGAGGGGCCACGACGAACACCAUUCCCUUGAAUGUAACCAGUUCCUUCUUGGUGAGGAUAACCGCGGGAAAUAUAUUGAGUUCACAGGCAGAUCCACAAAAACCUUCAAGGGAGGACUAGCUCACAAGGAACUACACAACAAACAAAUACGGCACUACUGUCAGCCUGGUAAGUUAAAUUAUGUAACCACCUCUUCGGGGAAAGCCAGUCUUCAUUAG